AUGUCUUUUAUUAAUUGGACAAACUUAAUAGUUAAAGAACUACAAGACCUUUGUAUAAUAUAUAGAAUUUCUACUAGUAGUAAUAAGAAAGCUUUAGGAAAAAGAUUUGUUGAAUUGGAAGAGUUUCCAGAAAAGAGAAUAGAAGAGCUUAAUAGUAGAGUUUUUGAAAAUAAUAGAGUAGUUGAUCUCAAAGGUGAUGUUUUGGAAAUAUCCUUGAACAAAAUAAAGAAGAAGAUGGAUAAAAACUUCUCUGUUUUGUACAAAAAGAUGAAAGAAGAAGAAUUAUUGGAAAAGUCAUAG